AUGCCCCCCCGGCAAACACACACAAUCGCAGGCUUUAAUCUUGGAGGUACUUUCCAAAAGGGGGUGGCGGCCAGCUGCCUCCCGCCCCAGUUCUCCUUGCCUGGGCCACACGCCUCCGCCUGGUCCGCCGACGGAGCGGCCGCAAGAGUCGCGACCCCGCGGGGUAGGCAUCUCGGGUCGACCCUCGCCCCCUCCAUCAGACAGUGGGGAGAGAGGGGAUCUCUUCCCCUCUCUCUCUCCCCGGGCUCUCAAGCUGGUGGCGUGGAAGCAGAGCUCCCCGCCGCUGUCAGCCGCCUGAGUCAAGCUUUCGCCGAGGAGCGAGCGAGGGAGGGGCGGCGGCGACGCCAGGAGGCGCCCGGCCGCCUCGCCGCUCCCCUCUGCUCCCCUCCCCUGCCUCGGUCGCGGGAAGGAUUCCUUCCCCGCUUGCCGCCGCCGGAGUCUCUUCUGACACCACCCCGAGUGGCCACGCCGCGUGGUGGGCUCUUGUCAGACGGACUGGGGAGGGAGGCGAAGCCGCCAGAUGGGCGAGCAGAGCUGAGCACCUGGGCUCCCCUGGGACCGCGCCGCAGCCACUGGCGCCUGCUUGCUUGGCUGGAGGCGGGGGUCGGCUUUCUGUCUUCCGCAGCCACGACCACCCUCUGUCUGGAGCAACGAUCUUCGCUCAGCCCUGUUUGCUGAACUCCAGAAGCAGGUGGCUCCUUCUGCGGG